AUGAACAACAACAACAACUUCGCCGCCGCCUCCUCGGUCAACGAUACGGCCGAUCAGCUCGCUCAGGCCGCGACGCACCUCGCUCAGGCCGACCCACAAGGCCUCCAGAACGCCGCGCAAGUGCCUCAAGAUGCGGCUGUCGCCGCUGAGCAAGGCGGUCCGGCCCCGCCCGCGGCCGUGCUCGGCGUCACGGCGCUGGACGAGGCCAUAGCCGCGUUCGUCGCCGAACAGCAUGAUCGAAUCCUCGCUCAGGCGUACCAGACCGCACUCGUCCCCGUUGGUAGCGCCACUCGCUCUCUUCAAGUCGCCUAUCGGCGUGCGCUCAAUGCCGUCUUCUACGGGGCGUUUGACGCCCGCCAAAUGACCGUGGAGCAAACCGUCUCCGCCAUCAACGAGGCCGGCGAUCAGGUCGACAUCGAAAUCGACAACGCCCACCUCGCGUUGGACGCUCUUCGCCAAGCGCUGCACGAGCAAGCGCCCACCUUCUUCUACAUAGGCAACAACGGUACUUCCGCGUUCCCCGCGCACACCCCGGCUGAAGUCCGGCGCCGCCCCGUGGUCGUCAAACGCAACAAGGACAACCAAGGCCCUCAGGACGGGCGAGGAAUUCAAGGUCGCCAGGAGCACGGAGGCAACGGAGAGGGAGGCGCAGGUAUGGGCGGUGCGGCUGGUGUGGCGUAG